CCCAGGAGCCCCUGAGCCAGACUGAUACCAUACCUCUGAUGAAAUCAUGACUAGGUGGGCAUGAAUUACUACCACAUAUAACAAAAGACCCUUGCCCGCAACCUCAUGGGAGGAUAUGAAGAUGGGGUCCUUUGAGGAAAAAAGUCAAAACCUCAAGAGUGAACAACUUGAAGUCAAUAGGCUGUCCCUUAGGAAUGAUGCACCCCAAGCAAAACACAAAAAGAACAAAAAGAAAAAGAAGUACUUAAAUGAAUAUGUGAAUGGAUUCAUGGACUCCCUAAAACAAAAUUCACAGAUGGUUCACAAUGGGGAGAUAAUAGCAAUAGACAGUCAGGAAGGAAGGGAAGAAAUUGCAGUUGCUUUAAAGAAAGAUAGUCUCAGGGAAGGAAGACGAUUAAAAAGACAAGCAGCAGCCCUAGCUUAUAUAUAUUUUUUUUUUACUGCAAUGGUAUGUUUUCAUUGUAGAAAACAUGGCCAUGGGAUUGCUGAUUGCCCAGCUGCCCUUGAGAAUCAAGAUAUGGACACUAGAAUAUGUUAUCCAUGUGGAUCUACAGAGCAGGAAAUAACCAAGUGCAAGGCUAAAGUAGACCCAGCUCUAGGUGAAUUUCCUUUUGCAAAAUGUUUUGUUUGUAGGGAAAUGAGGCACCUGUCCAGAUCUUGCCCUGAUAAUCCCACAGGAGUCUAUGCUGAUGGAAGUUGCUCCACACUUUGUGGCUCUGUGAGACAUUUUAAGGAUUGUCCUCAAAGUCAGAAUUCAGAUCAAAUGCUUACAGUAGGUCGCUGGGCAAAGGGAAUGAAUACAGACUAUGAAGAAAUUUAGUAUGUGCCUAAAACACAGAAACCCAAAACAAAGAUACCUAAAGUUGUUAAUUUUGUAUAAUGAUUAGCACUAUCAUGAAUUACUAUCUCGUUGUUACAUUCUGAACUGGGCUUUCUUCACAAAUUGAAGCUGGGCUCCCCUGGAGAGGCCUAUAUUGUAGAUGUCAGUAUGAUCUGGGUGUGGUCAAAUAGUUUCCUGAGUUCUGUCCUUCCAUACUUCUACUUCUUGGAGAAAAUCACUAGAGAAAAGAAUAAGAUGUUUAAAUUGGAUUCUUUAAAAGAAUUUUUUUAACAGAACUUAUAUAUAACUAAGUGGUUAUGUAUCUAAUUGUAGCAGUCAACUUU